AUGGGACAGACUCAGGUAACACCUAAGACCCUGCUCCUGAACCACUUCCCUGAGAUCCGCUCCAAGGCUCACGAUUAUGGCGUGGAAGUAAAAAAGGGACCGGUGUGGGAAUUAAGGUCUCCUAGGCACCGGGAGGAGACCCCAGAAGAGGAACCAUCCUCCUCCACCUCAGCCAGGGCACCCAUUCUCCCCGUAGGGGCCCUGGGAGGUACUGGCCCAGAUGGGGAACGAUCUUACCAGUAUUGGCCCUUUUCAAGCAGUGAUCUGUAUAACUGGAAGUCUCAAAACCCCCUUUUCUCUGAAGACCCGAGGGGCCUGACUGACCUGUUUGAGUCUGUCAUGCAUAUACAUAGCCCCACAUGGGGCGAUUGCCAGCAGCUCCUUAAGACCUUGUUCACUACGGAAGAGCGCGAGCCGAUCCUCACGGAGGCCAGAAAGAAUCUCCCCCCGCGACAACUGACGCGCUUCCCCUGGAACGUGGAAGGUAGGGAGCGUCUCCGAGUUUACCGCCAGACUCUUAGGGCAGGUCUCCGAGCAGCGGCAUGCCGCCCCACCAAUUUGGCUAAGGUAAAAGCUGUGAUACAAGCGGAAAUGGAAAGCCCGGCUUUGUUCUUAGAACGACUCUAUGAUGCUUAUAGGCACUACACCCCUUUGGACCCCCUGGCAGAGGAGAAUCAGUCAGCUGUAAUGAUGUCUUUUAUAAACCAGGCUGCCCCGGAUAUUAGAAAGAAAUAUAAGCAGGAAGGAUUGGGGGAAAUGACCAUUCGGGAUCUGAUGAAAGUGGCAGAGAGAGUUUUUAACACUCGGGAGACUCCGGAGGAAAGGAUCAGAAAGGAAAAUAAGGAGUUAAGAGAAAGAAUUAGGAAAGAGGACAGAGAGCAUCUGAAUAGGGAGAACAAAAGGCAGCAAAAGGAGAUGGCUAAGAUCCUCCUGGCAGGGGUGCAGGGCACAGCCCAGGCAGGACUGGGUCCAGCUGGACCAACCUGACCUCAAAAACUGUGGCCCAGGCUAGAUAGGGGGCAAUGCAUG